AUGAGUGAUCCAGUGGAUAAUAAAACAAACAAUUUAAACGCAUUACGUGCUGAUGUUGCCGAAACAACAAAUGUUUUGAAGGUAACUGUUGAAAAACUAGUUGAUCGAGGGGAUCGAUUAGAUGUAUUAAAUGCACGAGCUGAAGAUUUAAAUUCAUCAUCCUAUUAUUUCCAUGGCUCUGCAAGACGCAUACAACGAACUAUGAAAUGGCGCAAUUAUAAAAUUACUAUUUUUAUUGUUGUGAUCGUACUCAUUGUAAUUGGCGUAAUUAUAUUAAUCGCACUUCAUCCAUGGAAAAAAUAA